AUGAAAAAAUUGAAAAAGAUCCUCAAUGCACGGCGCGCUUCCAAAAGCGACGCAUCACCUGUGGGACGAGCACCUCAGCCCAAGCCGUCAGAGGCGGUCACGCAAAAGACAUCCCAGGCUCAUUCGCCUGCACGGCCUGAUACGCAGCAACUAGAGCUGCUCCCAUUUGAGAUCCGGCACCAUAUUCUUCUCGCACUUGGCAAUAUCGAAGACCUCUCUGCUCUGGUGCAUGCAUCCCCAGUCUUUCACGAGCAAUACGCACGCCGGCGAGGGUUUUGGCUAUGGAGAUACCUGCGGGCACAGAUGGGCGACGGCAUCAUUGACGCGUACACCGCAACCUUAUGCAGCAAGCCCGAUUUCGGCUGCAGCCGCCAAAAUGUGCAGGUCUUCUUAGCAGCGUACUAUUCGCGUCGCUCAGAAGGGGCUGAAGAAUUAUACAAAGAUGUGAAGGCAGAUGAUCUCGCCGCCAUUACAAGAUUCUACGUCGGCGUCGUGGGGCCUCUGAUACGCGAAUACACCCUCUUCACCCUCGAAGAAGAGACAGUUCUGAGAGAAGUCGAGCACAGGAGAAUCAUACGGGCCAUGUACCGCUUCCAGAUCUUCUGCUCUCUUUUCGGUUCCCCACGUUCCGACUCGAGACCAAAGUUCACGCAGGACGAGCAUCUCGCCCUCCUUAGCCACUUCGAGCCGUGGGAGACGGAGGAGAUUCUCUGCAUAAAUGACUUCGCGGACAAUACAUACGAGCGUGUGUUUGAAGAAAUUGAUGAAUUUGAUUUCCAGCCCGUGAAAAAGUCCCUUUCUGGCUUAAAGCAGUUUCUACAAAGCCCUCCUGGCAUCCUCUCUCUUGGUGUUCCCGUCGUCCGCCGGGGUUACAAAAUUGGUCUGGCUGCUUCAGGGUUGACCCUCUUAUUAUCCUUUCUCAGAACCGAAGAGCCGGAGAAGAAGUGGCAGAUGUUUACGGCCAUCAAGGAUACCGUUUUCAUGGACGAGGAUUGGAUGUGCGAGGCUACAAGCGAUGCCGUGCAGCAGAGACGGCGUCAGACCCAGCCUUCAGAUCGAGAUGCGGCACAGGACCGCCGGGAGGCAAUGGUCUUUUCCCACGAUACCGUAGACUCGCCUCCUCUAGGAUGGACCUUGAUAUGGAAGGAGACCUACAGUAACAUUUAUGGAUACUACGUGCCCUCCAGCUUGCGGAGGUGGGGAUACGUGAUGUGGGAUGCCUCACGUAUGGCUGAAUCUGGUGGUAUACGGGUUCUGCAUCAUAUGUGGAAGGAGCACUACGGUGAUGAGUAUCACGAAAAUGUAGUUGAUCCGAGAGAUAAUUUGUAG